GAAAUUAGGGCAUUACAGCAUAAGCCGCCAACCAGGUGCUUGCUCGCGUUCGUGGUGCCUCGAGCUUUGCGAAGUCAGCUGUCACUGUACAGAAAUCCGGCAACUGACUGACUGCCCGCCUGCGACGGGCAAGGCGUACGUAGGAUGCGCAACCAAUUCAUCAGUUACUGAGGCCUGCCUGCCUGGCAGCUGUACUAGGGUGUAUGAUGGACUACAGCUGGCACACACUACAGAGCCAGGCGUGUAGCGGUACUGUUCCCAAGGCACCACCAUUGCAUUCCUUUCGGUUUUGCGGUGCUUCCCCCCUCCCCCUCCCCCCAUCCCCCCACCCCCCGUCGCACAAGGCGAAGUGUUACUACUAGUGCAAGAUCCGCAAGUGUUUGAUCUUCUGGAGGUGAGUGAGAGCCUGCCAUAGCUGCCAGAAUCAGCGUUUCCAAGAACUGGUUUUGCAGUACAGUCUGUAGUGGUUCUGCUAGGCUUGGCCAUUUGUACAGACUCGCGCCCCAGAUGGCUCCUUCGCACUCGCUCCGAGUUCCCUCAUUUUCCAAAGGUUUCGUCGUCAAACGGCAGACGCUUCGAUCGAGCGUGGACAGGAGAAAAGAACCACCCGAAAUGACUCGGAGGGGUACAAGAGCGUCGUUCUUUUCCUGGCCAAACAAGAGCACUACUCGGAGUGGUACAAGAGCGUCGUACGCUACGAUAGAACACAGCAUCCACGUCAUAAGACCCUUUGCUUUUGAGCCGACUCAGUAGCUCUCCAUCAGAUCCUUUUCAGCCUGCAGAAAGGGAAAAGCAGAAAAGGGGUAUUUUUAAACUACAUGAGGUCUGAAAAGGGUCUUGUAACUUUCUCACUCAGCAUUCUUUGUGGCUCAGUCGCUGCGAGACCCUGGUUACCCGUUUCGCCCCGUGGUUUAGGGACGGGUUCUACAAAGUCUGGAACUCAUUCUGUGGGUGACUUGCUCGAUUUAAUAAAUUUGGCUUAUUAUGGCGAGUUUGGGAGUGAAAGGGCAGAGUUCUGGUGGGACUAAGGAGAAAAGGAGGCGCGUCGGUGGAGCACUGUGGAAGCCAGAGGAGGACAAGAUUCUGUUGGCCCACGUGGCAAGGCAUGGCACGAACAAGUGGCAGCUUGUCAAGGCUAUGGGUCUGCUGCCCACACGGGAUCACAAGGCGUGCUGUAAUCGGUUCAUUGUGCUCAAGAGAAAGCUCUCCAUUCUGCACCAGCAUGUGGCGCACACGGACAUGCCUGAUUCUGGGAUGCGUCAGAAUCUGCACCAGCUUACGUCACAUUUGGACAUGCCUGAGAAGAUGAUGACUACUGAGACGACUGAGACGACUGAGACGACUGAGAAGACGCUGGUGUUUGGGACGACAACGGAGGCUGAGAGGGCGACUAAGGCUGAGAAAUUGGUAUCGAUGGUGAUGGAGAUGGGGAUGGGGAUGGCAGUGGCAAAGCGGCAUGUGACUUCAGAGGAGAAAGAUGGAUGCUCCCUCAGCACCUCACCGUGUCAGCAGCAGCAGACGCCAUGUCAGCAGCAGCUCACAACGUGUCAGCAGCAGGACACAUCAUAUCACCAGCUGUAUGGAAGAAUGCUGAUUAUGGAUCCUCAUCUUGGAGCAGCAACAACAGUAACGAGUCACUUCAGUAUGGAGGAUGCAGCAGCAGCACCGGCAGCAGCAGCAGCAGCAGCAGCAGCAGAAGCAUCAGCAGCAGAGAUGCUUGAAACUACAAGCCCAACGGCCAUGGUCGCUCAAUCCCCAUGCUCGCCUGAGCAUCAAAGCCGUCGAACACCAACGCAAAAACAAAAGGAUUCGCACGGUAUUUUGGAGAACUCUAAGAAAGUUCCUGAAAUGGAUCGGGCAGCCGUGCUGUUGGCCGACUCACCUUUGCUGCAGGAGCUCGAGGGUUCCGAAGCCUUCCUGCUAGAUGAACCACCUCAGCCUCAGCAGAUGCCUCAACAAAUACCUCAGUGUGUGCCUGCUUUUGACGGACUUAGUUUUGCCAGCGGCCGUUUGCCAGCUGAACCAGGCUGGGCGGAGAAGCUGAAGCUUGUCUGCCCCUCUCCUGACGAGCAUCCCAUGAUGAUGGCUCGUGCAGCUCUUUGUGGCGUGAAUCACUGUCUACCAGUUGGGAAUGCUGCUGCUGCUGCUGAUACUGCUGGUGCUGCUACUGCUACGGCUACUUCUGCUGCUGCUGAUGCGGUUCUUUCUGGCUUAGCUCGCCUCACAACUGUCUCUCCUGGCUUAGCUGAUCCGCACUGUGCUGCUGCUACGUUUCCGCGUGCUGGUUCAGAUUUGGUCGCUGCUGCUGCUGAUGAGGUUCUUUCCACCUUUGCGGAAUUGCUCUCUGCUGGUGCUGCAUCUCCUGGUGCGGCUGACCCACACGAUGCCGAUGCGGUUUCGAAUAAAGUCUUAAGGCGCCUCAUGACUGCCUCUCCUGGCUUAGCUGAUCCGUGCUGUGCUGGUGUGACGUUUCCAAUUGCUGGUUCGGAUUUGGUAGCACCUGCUGCUGCUGAUGCAGUUGCAGUGAUUGCUGAAAGGCUCUCUGCUAUUGCUGUGCCUCCUGUUUUACUUCACCCGCGCAACUCUCAUUCUUAUGUCAAUGCUGCUGCUGCUGAUGCAGAUGCUGAUGCUGAUGCUGAUGCAGCUUUUUCAAGUGCUGGAUCUGAUUUGGUCGCGGCUGCUGCUGGCGCGGUUGCUGCGAUUGUUGCUGCUGAUGCAGCCGAUGCUGCUGCUGCAGAGGAUGCACUCACUGCCAUGGCUGCUGACAGCGCGGCAUUGUCCCGCCUGAUUGACGCUGAGAUGAGGAGAAUUGACGAUGCCCUGCUGCAGUUUACUCCCAAACCUGAAUCUUCACCUGAAAUUUCACCUGGAAUCUCACCUGCAUCAGCUCCUUCCCGAGAAACAGCUCUGGAGUGCGAAAAUCUGCGGAGCUGCCUCACGAAGUAUCGACAGCGUCUCCUCUCCAUCCGGCAAACACAAAGUGGCCUUCCUCCGUAGCUCCUGCGUUGCAAACAGCUGCACUGCCACCAGCCCCUGAUGAUUUUUUAGUCGGCUCAAAAACCCCACCAGGUCCUGCUCCUGCUGUACAUCUGCUGAGCUGCCUUGCUCUCCAUUAUGGCGCCCAAGAAAGAGACCCCUCGCAAGCAGCAGCACUGCCGCCCGCUCCUGCUUCUGCUGUGCGGCUGCUGAGGCGCAUUGCUCUCCCAGGAGUGGCGGUCCCUACCGAGGUGCGUCCGCUGUGCCGCUUUCAGCUUGCACGGCUGUCCAGUAGCACUGCCACCUGUUCCUGCUUCUGCUGUGCGGCUGCUGAGCUACAGUUUUCCCUGGAGUAAUCCCCACUGAGGUGCAUCUGCUGCGCCGCUGUCCGCUUGGAAGGCCGUCUGAAACAAGAUGAAGUAAGCCAGAGGGUUGCCCUGAAGCCAGAUGAACUGCCUCAAGCAUGGUGCAAUGGUCUGAAGGGUGAGUGACAUGAAAUACUAGGGCACAUAAUAUUGGAUGGCGGGCGCAUGUGUCAACAUAUGUUUGUAAUGUUAUAGGCUAGAUAGGUGCAUGCUCAUAGAGAGUACAACUCCUUAGGACAAAACCACCCUGUAUCACUCAUUCUUGUUCAUUGCGUCAUUUUGAGAUGGUAUUACGCUAGGUUAGGUCCCCCUCCCCGCUUACACUUCCACCCCUAGCCCUAGCCCUAGCCCUAGCCCGUGUCCUA